AUUUGCAUGCCAUUUUCUCCCCCCUUCUCUUUCACUCACUUCUUUUCUAUUCUCAUUUCCUCUCCUAUUCUCUCUUAUCUUUGCUCUCAAACCAAAACCAAAACCAUCUUCAAAUAUCAAGAACCAAGCUUAAACCUAUCAUUUCUAUGGCUGUUGAAGCUCGUCAUCUCAAUCUUUUUCCUCCUCAACUCAUUACCAACCGGGAAAUGAUGGUGAACCCAGUUGAGACAAACGCUAAUAAUCUCUACAACACCACCACCCAGAUGUGCUAUUCAUCAGUUUUACCAUUAUCCGGCGGCGUCGGUGGCGCAACGCCGGAAAACAUGCUCCUUCCGGCGGCGUAUAAUUCCAUCAUGGACAACUCCUUUCCUCAGAAAAACUCAAUGAAAUCUGACAGUGGCCUCACCUACAAUGUUCCCUUAUCAACCAAAGCCUGCAACACAAGAGAGAAUUCAACUUCAAUCAACAACUUUCCAUUCCCAUCUUACCCUUCUUCCCGAACCACCGCCACCGCCGCCGUGAACAAAAGCUGCGCCUCCUCAUCCUUCUCCUUCCUCGGUGAAGACAUUUCCCUUCAGAUCCACCAGCAACAAGUCGACAUCGAUAAUCUCAUUGCACAACGGAUGGAGAAGGUGAGAAUGGAGGUAGAUGAAAAACGCAAGAGGCAAGCGAAGAGGCUCAUAGAAGCAGUUGAAAUCGGCGUGAUGAAGAAGCUGAAAUCAAAGCAAGAAGAGAUAGAGAAGAUUGGGAAACUGAACUGGGCAUUAGGAGAAAGAGUCAAAUCUCUCUGCAUAGAGAAUCAGAUAUGGCGCGACUUAGCACAAACCAACGAAGCCACCGCAAACGCUCUCCGAUCCAAUCUCGAGCAGGUACUAGCACAACGCGACGGCGGAGGCGGUGGAGCCACCGUGUCACCCGCCGGAGCGAUGGUGGACGAUGCAGAGUCAUGUUGUGGCAGCACUGACGGCGAUGAUGAGGGGUGGCGCACGUUAGCGGGAGAGUGCGCAGGGGUGAAGGAUAAGGAUAGUGGCAGCAGAUUGUGCAGGAACUGUGGAAAAGAUGAAUCGUGCGUGCUGAUUUUGCCGUGCAGGCACCUGUGUUUGUGUACAGUUUGUGGGUCUACCCUACACACUUGUCCUAUCUGUAAAUCCUUCAAAACUGCCAGCGUUCAUGUUAACAUGUUCUAAAUAUGGUAAAAACAAACCCUAUAUCCUCCUACCCUACAAAGAAAAACUCAAUUUUCACCUAAUGAAAAGGGUACAAAAAAUUUGUUCAUUUUGAUCCAA